AUCCGCUUGUACACUUCCGGAAGAAGCGGAAGACAACAGUGGAUAUACCCAGCUCGUUAAACACACAUUUAAUUUGAGUUGUUUGACAACGAAUGACCUAACCUGGCAACAUGUUUUCUUUCCAGGUAUUCGACCACCCGAUGUCCCGGGGGUUUCAGAACCGUUUCUCCACUCAGUACCGCUGCUACUCGGUGUCCAUGCUGGCAGGACCAAACGACCGCUCCGAUGUGGAAAAAGGAGGCAAAAUAAUAAUGCCGCCUUCAGCUCUCGACCAGCUCAGCAGGCUUAACAUCACCUACCCAAUGUUGUUCAAGCUGACAAACAAGAACUCAGACAGAAUGACACACUGUGGUGUUCUGGAGUUUGUGGCAGAUGAGGGAAUCUGUUACUUGCCACACUGGAUGAUGCAGAAUCUCCUGCUGGAGGAAGGUGGUCUGGUCCAAGUGGAAAGUGUUAACCUUAUGGUGGCCACUUACUCAAAGUUCCAGCCACAGAGUCCCGACUUCCUUGACAUUACAAACCCAAAGGCUGUACUGGAGAAUGCAUUGAGGAACUUUGCCUGCCUGACAACUGGUGACGUCAUAGCUAUAAACUACAACGAAAAGAUAUAUGAGCUGCGAGUAAUGGAAACCAAGCCAGAUAAAGCAGUAUCCAUCAUUGAGUGCGAUAUGAAUGUGGAUUUUGAUGCCCCUUUGGGUUACAAAGAACCUGAGCGACGACCUCAGUACCAGGAAGAACCAACAGAGGAAGAGGGAGAUCCCAGCAGUUAUGCUGACAUGGACACAGGAUUCAGAGCUUUCACCGGUUCUGGCAAUCGUUUGGAUGGUAAAACAAAAGGGAUUGAGCCCAGCCCUGCUCCUCUUGCCCCAAGUGAUAUUAAAAGAGGCAUUCCCAACUACCACUUCAAAGUUGGCAGGAUCACCUUCAUCAGAAACUCCAGGCCUCAGCCCAAGAAAAUUGCAGAUGAUGAUGAUGCCAUGAACCAAUUCAUCGCUUUCUCUGGACAAGGACAGUCACUACGCAAGAAGGGCAGAAAGCCUUGAAGAAUUCCAAGUGGAGAGGCUGUUUUAUGUGUACAGACCUACCACAUCUAUUGUCUCCUUCAGCAGCAAA